CUAUCGGAAACCCCACUUGUGUCUUGUGCUACACUUAAUUCUGUCCUACUUGGUGCUCUUGUGGCGAUCAUGGCUACUCCGAUGUGUGCGAGGUUGUUUAUCCAGAGAUCUGUACAAGGUCUCCGGCUUAACUCUCGCGCAUUCCCUGCUUACACAAGCCCCUUUCUCGCCCGAGCUCACAGACUUGGACCUAGUGACGAUGAACUGUACCAACGGACGACAGUCUCAGUCAUGCAGAAGGAGCCGGGCAGUGGAGCCAUGAUCCACAGUUACAGUCCCAGAGGUUUUAACAUCGACGGCAACCGUGUGUUUGGGCCGUGCGCCUUGCUGCCGCCAGCCAUCCUGCAGUGGAACGUGGGCAGCCACAAGGACAUCACAGUGGAGAGCGUGGCUCUUUUUCACAUGCUAGAGCCUCGGAUCGAGAUCCUUGUCCUGGGCACAGGGGGACGAAGUGAGAGGGUGGAUCCCAAAGUCCUCGCCUUAAUGAAGGCUAAAGGCAUCGCUGUGGAGGUGCAAGACACGGCAAAUGCGUGUGCAACCUUCAACUUCCUGACUAGUGAGCGGAGAGUGACUGCUGCAGGUUUGAUUCCAAUCCCUGUCAGCACUGAACUGGAAUAACAACAACAGGAAGUGACCUUGAGUUUUGUGUAGUGGAUCUGAUGGAUCUAACAGUCUUUUUUUUUUUGCCAGAUCAGACACAGGUCAAGCCUUGUUCUGGUCAAAUUGAUUGACUCCAAUGGAUGGUCGUGUGUGUGAGGGAGGGGGAGAGAGGGAGAGAGGGAGAGGGGGAGGGGGAGGGA